AUGGCUGAAACGACGCCGGAUGGAGCUGUUCCGUCUCUCUUUUCUCCUUACGAUAUGGCCGGCUUCAAACUCUCACACAGGGUUGUGCUAGCACCGAUGACCAGAUGCAGAGCGCUGAACGCCAUGCCCAACUCUGCCCUUGUUGAGUACUACACGCAGAGGGCCACAAAUGGCGGAUUUCUUAUCACAGAGGGAACCAUGAUUUCCCCUACAGCCGCUGGGUUCCCGCAUGUGCCGGGCAUCUUCAACAAGGCGCAAGUGGAGGCGUGGAGGAAAGUGGUGGAUGCUGUGCAUGCUAAAGGUGCUGUUAUAUUCUGUCAGCUGUGGCAUGUGGGCCGGGCUUCGCAUCCAGAGCUUCAGCCUGGUGGAAUAGCCCCAGUAUCCUCCACUGACAAGCCAAUAUCCAAGAGGUGGAGAGUAUUGUUGCCUGAUGGAAGCUAUGGAGUUUAUCCCGAGCCACGCAAAUUGGAAACCUACGAAAUACCCGAGCUGGUGAGACAAUAUCGACAGGCGGCCAUAAAUGCCAUUGAAGCAGGCUUCGAUGGCAUCGAGAUCCACGGAGCCCACGGCUACCUAAUCGACCAAUUCACAAAGGACGGCAUCAACAACCGCACGGACGAGUACGGAGGGUCACUCCAUAACCGCUGCAAAUUCAUCAUACAAAUCGUCCAAUCAGUGGCCUCAGCCGUGGGGCCAGCCCGGGUCGGAGUUCGUAUCUCGCCCGCAAUCGACCAUCUCGACGCCGUGGACUCGGAUCCUCUUGCACUGGGCCUGGCCCUGAUCGAGCGGCUCAACAAACUUCAAGCAGAUUCCGGAUCGAGGCUCGCGUACCUGCACGUGACGCAGCCUCGGUAUACAGCCUACGGGCAGGCAGAGCCCGGCCGGCACGGAAGCCCAGACGAAGAGGCCCGUAUGAUGCGGGCGUGGCGUGGGGCCUACGAGGGCACGUUCAUUUGCAGUGGGGGGUUCACGAGGCAGCUGGGGAUGGACGCGGUGGCUGGGGGUGAUGCAGACUUGGUGGCUUACGGGCGGCUGUUCAUUGCGAACCCGGAUUUGGUGGAGCGGUUGAAGUUGGAUGCGCCUAUGAAUAGGUAUGUUCGGGCGACUUUCUACACGCAUGAUCCUGUCGUGGGGUACACGGACUACCCUUUCUUGGGAAACGGUGGCGGUGGGAAAAUCGGACUGGUUUCGCGUCUGUGA